AUAAGUAAAACAACAACAUUUAUAGUUUUACUGAUAACUCAAUGGACUUAAUAAUAAUAUUUUUUAACACAAUAUUUUAAACGCUUAUUAGUGAAAGUUGCUUGUUUAUUUUCGAUAGAUUUUUACUUAUACAAAUUUUUGAAAUUGGUAAUUCCUUAAAUAAUGUUGAUUACAAAGUUUUUUCUCUGGAUUAGAAAUAUUGAAUAGAAUUUUUAUUCUCAGGUGGAUUUUUCAAUUAAAAAAAAAAAAUGUAUACAUAGUUUACUGAAUGAUUAAUUGUUUAUUACUUGUGACCUUCAGGACAUACUAUAUUCUAUUGAACUAUUCGUUUUGUAGUUAACUUAUCUAAUUUUUAAACCAACUUUAAUAUUGUAUAGUGGUACAAUAAUGAUCAUUAAUUAUUUAAAUAAUCUAUUAAUGGAAUCCAAGAAAUUCUAUUCUUGAAUUACGUUUUAAAUUUGAAAGUGAAUGGUCAUUUUUUCGCAAAAAAACUCAUUCUUUAUUAAACGUAGGAAAAAAAUCUUCUCUGAAAUAAUUUCAUUACAAUACAUAAUGUCAUUUUCUGAACAAGUAUUAUUGGAAGAUGAUAGCAUUGUUGCUAAUACUAUACCCAAUGAUACAGAAGUAGCUAUAAGAUAUAUCAAAUCAUUGUUACCUGUUGCAGUAAAACUUAAUUUAAUGCAUCCUCCUGUUAUAUAUGUUCAUCAACUAUAUGAUAUCAUAAACAACAAAGCUUUAGUCAAAAAACAUUUGGAUGAAUUACAAAAUAAAUGCAAAAUACAACAAUUUACUGUAGAUACCUCUGAUUACCCAUCAGCUAUUUUACUCUAUGAAGACUUUGUUGCAUACACAUUUAAAUUAUAUCCAGAGAAUAAAUGUGUCAAGAAAUUCCUUAACAAUAUUUUACCAACACUAAAAUCAUUUGGAGUUGAAAAAAAUGUAUUACGACAAAAACUGAAACUACAACAUCAUGAAAUUACUGAAUUAAUCAACUGUGGUUUACUUUUAAUUCGAAAUCAGGAGUCUUAUUGGAUAUCAUUUCCUUCUUCGGGAAAAUUUAUUAAAAAGUUUAAUGAAGGUAGAAAAUAUAUCAUUCAGAUAAUAAAGCGUCAAAAAUUCCAAGAAAUAUUAGAAAAAAACUUAGAAGUGCGUUGUUCGAAAGUGCCCAAAUUAAGAGAUUUUGGAUACAAGUAUUUUUUACAUGAUAUAAAAGGAUCUGAAGAUGUCAAAACGAUCAAUACAACAUCAGGACAUCUUUUAAGAAUUUCAUAACAACUUUGUAUUUCCUAAACAAAUUUUGUUUUUAUUAUGUACAAUGUACUUUGAAUAUAAGUAUUUAAUAAAAAAUGUUAUUAUGGUUAAA